UAAGCUAAAAAAGCUGAGUGAAGACAGUUUGACUAAGCAGCCUGAAGAAGUUUUUGAUGUAUUGGAGAAGCUUGGAGAAGGGUCUUAUGGAAGUGUUUUUAAAGCAAUACAUAAGGAGUCUGGUCAAGUUGUUGCGAUUAAGCAAGUGCCUGUCGAGUCAGAUCUUCAGGAGAUAAUUAAAGAAAUCUCCAUAAUGCAGCAGUGUGACAGCCCCUAUGUGGUGAAGUACUAUGGCAGUUACUUCAAGAACACAGACCUCUGGAUUGUCAUGGAGUACUGCGGCGCUGGCUCCGUGUCAGACAUCAUUAGGUUACGAAACAAGACAUUAACAGAAGAUGAAAUUGCAACCAUCCUAAAAUCCACAUUGAAAGGAUUAGAAUAUUUGCAUUUUAUGAGGAAAAUACACAGAGAUAUAAAAGCUGGGAAUAUUCUCCUCAACACUGAAGGACAUGCAAAGCUUGCAGAUUUUGGAGUGGCUGGCCAGUUAACAGAUACAAUGGCAAAACGCAAUACUGUAAUAGGAACCCCAUUCUGGAUGGCUCCUGAGGUAAUUCAAGAAAUCGGUUACAACUGUGUGGCUGACAUCUGGUCCCUGGGCAUCACUGCCAUAGAGAUGGCAGAAGGGAAACCCCCUUAUGCUGACAUCCAUCCAAUGCGGGUAAGGAAGUCAUAGCUUGGUAAAAGCCUU